AUGGGGUCUCUGUCUACCAUGAAAGAGCGCAUCUGGUCCGGCCACCUUCGGCACGGUCUGCUGUGCGGAGCGAUAGGGCUGAAUGCCCUCGUCUCCGGAGGAGUAUACACAUUCCCUCUAAUAUCGCCUUCCCUGGCAUAUCAUCUCAAGCUGACGCAACCGCAAUUGACGACCAUUGUUCUCGCAGGCAUGAUGGGACAGUAUCCUUUGGCAGCAGUGGUUGGCAAGAUCAGUGAUACACACGGCCCCUGGCUCUGCUCUCUGAUUGCCGCCGGCUUGUUCUCGUCCGGCUAUGGACUAUUCGCCUUGGAGAUAGCCCGAACGCCAGAGGAUAUCAGUACCUCCUCACAGACUAGCUUUCGGCGCUUGACGCUAUACUUCUUCAUGUGUGGGAUGGGGACUGUCUUUGGGCUCUUCUCUGCGCUAUUCGCAGCUACACAAUCAUAUCCGCACUUUCUUGGAAUCGCCUCCGGCACCACUCUGUCGCUCUUUGGUCUAUCACCACUCUUCAUCUCGAUCAUUGCCACUACAUUCUUCACCGAAGCGGACUCGGGCCUCAGUGUUAUCCCUUUCAUGACCUGCCUGGCCGUCUUCGCCAGCCUUGUUCUCUUAAGUUCGACGUUGGUCCUGAAGUUCUCGAUUCAAACAAGACCCAGGAACUCGGAAACACCAGACUCUCUGCAAGACGGGCCUAUACCAAGUACCAGCAGUACAACCCUAGUCGCACCUGAAGCCACGGAGAAUGAUGCUCUGCUUCCAAAAAGCCCACCGCAAGAUGCCGAAUGCGCAAGGCAAACCGAGGCCGAGCGCGGCGGACCGAUUCUGGAGCUUCUUCGCGACUCUGAGUUCUUGCUUUUGGUGCUUGGGGUAUUUGUGAUUACCGGUAUUGGAGAGACGAUGAUGGCGAACAUAGGGAGCAUUGUGCUUUCCCUGCCGUACUCUCCUGGAAGCUCUUUCAUGGAUCGUCGUACGGACACGGCGAUUUCGAAGCAGGUCCAGGCGAUCAGUCUUGCGAAUACACUGACGCGCCUCGUCGUUGGUCCUCUGGCCGACUAUAUUUCUCCUGUCCAUAUCGGACUCUUGAACGGUGUGCGUCAAUAUAAUCGCAGACCUUGGGUUAGCAGGAAGAUCUUCCUCACCGGGGCGGCAUUUGUGUCGGCCCUUGCCCAUCUAUCACUGGGAGCCUUCAUUCGCUCACAGGACGCUCUACUGCUGUUGAGUAUCUGCACGGGGAUCGCGUAUGGGGCCACAUUCACCAUCUUGCCAAGUAUCCUCUCCGGCGUAUGGGGAGCGAAGAACCUAGGACGAAACUACGGGCUCAUCACAUACGCUCCCUUCGUGGGCACACCGUGCUUCUCCUACCUCUAUGCUUUCGUGUCAGAGCGUCAUGCCGCACAAGGCGACGGAGUUUGCGUUGGGGUUGAGUGUUGGCAAACCACGGCAUGGGUGAUGGCUGGUGCAUCGCUGGUAGCGGCGUCGAUAUAUGGGUACUUGUGGAGGAGAUGGAGGGGAUUAUGCUGA